UUAGCGAGAAACUGUAUAGAUAUCAUCAUCGAUUCGUGAACUUCAUAGAUUUGGAUUCGAUGAAAAACGAGACGGAGUCGACGAAUAUCGUAUGUCCUCCUUCGGUCGAGUUCUGCCUUCGUUUAAUUGGCGUAUGGCCGGGCACGUCGCACGCAUUUUCCCGCAAAUUUCUCAGUAUACUCUCGAUGGUGAUGUUCCAAAUCUGUCAGUAUCAGUACGUGAUGAAACACUUUAGCAAAGACAAUUUGUUAGUUCUUAUAGAUGUUUUAAGCGUGACUAUGGCUUAUAGUCUUUUAUUAAUUAAAAUGACUAUUUUCGCGUUCAAAUCUCGUUUAGUAGACGAAAUGAUUGCGUCCAUGAUUGAAGAUUGGAAAACGCGCGACGUUUCUGAGAUUUAUAUGAUGACCAGAAUAGCUGAUAUCUCUCGUCGAUUCUCAAAUUUGAUAAUUGCCUGCAAUGCGAUGUCGGUGUUCUUCUAUGCGACUGGCACAUUCUUCAGGCACACAAAUAAUAAUCAGACCGAAACUCGAGAACUUCUUCUUAAAAUGGAAGUGCCUUUCACAAUGGACAAUAUACCGGUGUAUGUAGCUAUUCUUGUUACACAGUUUAUCCAUCAGACAAUCGCAGCUAGUAUGACGGGUAUGUUCAAUUGCGUGUUAAUAACGCUGGUCCUUCACGUGUGCGGACAGAUCGAUCUAGUGCGACGGAAGUUAAGUGAAAUUACGAAGAAAGACAUCGAGCGUCAAAUGACCGAAAGUAUCGUGAAAACAUUAAUCGUUCGGCAUCAGAGAAUCAUCAUUUUCACCAAAAAUAUCGAGGCUCUUUUUUCGACUAUCGCGUUGACGCAAUUCAUAUCGAAUACAUUAAUUAUCUGCUGUUUGGGAUUUCAAAUCGUAAUCUCUAUUGAUGCUCCAGACGGAACAACGAUGCUAGUAAAAUCCUUGGUUUUUUACAUUGCUAUUAAUACAGAAGCAUUUAUAUUUUGCUUCGCAGGAGAACAUCUCAGUAAAAAAAGCAAAAUGAUCGGCGACGCAGCGUAUGAGUCGCUUUGGUACGAUCUAACCCCGACUCAGAAUCGAGAUCUUUUAUUUAUAAUCGUGAGAUCGCAGAAACAUUUGACGCUCACGAUCGGUAGAGUCAUGGACUUGUCUUUGAAACAAUUUACCAGCAUUGUGAAAGCCUCGGCAUCAUACGUGUCGGUGUUACACGCGAUGUAUUGA